GCAAAAAGGAGGAGGAGGGGAACGCUCGGGCGCGAGCGAAACAAACCGCGAGCGCCGGGCUUGGGCUCGAGCCCCGGAACGGCAGAGGAGCCUGCCCGAUCCCUUCCCCUCCCCCUCCCCGGGACCGGGCCCAGCGCGCCAUCCUCCCCCUCCCUCCUUCCCUCCCUCCCUCCUUCUUCCCUUCCCUCUCCCUCCCCCCUCCCCCGCCGGUGGAUGGGAGUGAAGGACGGAAGAGGCCCUGCGGAGUCGGCGGUGCAGCGCUCCGGUGGAAUGAACCUUACUUGUUGAAUAUCUUCUGGUUACUGGUUGGAUUAACUUGUACAAGGAUCAUUUUCCCCUGCGUGGAAGCCACUUAGUGGCAUAUUUAAUUAUAAAUCCAGGAAUCAUAAAGCUUUUAAUUUCCCAAAGGAGGGAGAUACCACUAUAUCAAAUAAGCUUGACGUUACAGCCAAAAUGGUGCUGUCCCAGAGACAACGAGAUGAACUUAAUCGCGCUAUAGCAGAUUAUCUUCGUUCAAAUGGCUAUGAAGAGGCAUAUUCUGUUUUUAAAAAGGAAGCUGAAUUAGAUAUGAAUGAAGAAUUAGAUAAGAAAUAUGCUGGUCUUUUGGAAAAAAAAUGGACAUCAGUUAUUAGAUUACAAAAAAAGGUUAUGGAACUAGAAUCAAAGCUAAAUGAAGCAAAAGAAGAAUUUACGUCAGGUGGACCCCUUGGUCAGAAACGAGACCCAAAAGAAUGGAUUCCCCGUCCACCAGAAAAAUACGCCUUGAGUGGUCAUAGGAGUCCAGUCACUCGAGUCAUUUUCCAUCCUGUGUUCAGUGUUAUGGUCUCUGCUUCAGAAGAUGCUACAAUUAAGGUCUGGGACUACGAGACUGGAGAUUUUGAAAGAACUCUUAAAGGGCAUACAGACUCUGUACAGGAUAUUUCAUUUGACCACAGUGGCAAGCUUCUGGCUUCAUGUUCUGCAGAUAUGACGAUUAAACUAUGGGAUUUUCAGGGCUUUGAAUGCAUCAGAACCAUGCAUGGCCAUGACCAUAAUGUUUCUUCAGUAGCCAUCAUGCCCAAUGGAGAUCAUAUAGUGUCUGCCUCAAGGGAUAAGACUAUAAAAAUGUGGGAAGUGCAAACUGGCUACUGCGUGAAGACAUUCACAGGCCACAGAGAAUGGGUACGUAUGGUGCGACCAAAUCAGGAUGGCACGCUGAUAGCCAGCUGUUCCAAUGACCAGACGGUGCGAGUAUGGGUGGUAGCAACAAAGGAGUGUAAGGCUGAGCUCCGAGAACAUGAACAUGUGGUAGAAUGCAUUUCCUGGGCUCCAGAAAGCUCUUACUCUUCCAUCUCUGAAGCAACAGGAUCUGAGACUAAAAAAAGUGGCAAACCUGGGCCAUUCUUGGUGUCUGGAUCCAGAGACAAGACUAUUAAGAUGUGGGAUGUCAGUACUGGCAUAUGCCUUAUGACCCUCGUGGGUCAUGAUAACUGGGUACGUGGAGUUCUGUUCCAUUCUGGGGGAAAGUUUAUUUUGAGUUGUGCUGAUGACAAGACCCUGCGUGUAUGGGAUUACAAGAACAAGCGAUGCAUGAAGACCCUCAAUGCGCACGAACACUUUGUUACCUCCUUGGAUUUCCAUAAGACGGCCCCAUAUGUGGUUACUGGCAGUGUAGAUCAAACAGUAAAAGUGUGGGAGUGCCGUUGAUUGAUUCUCAUUGGGCCCCUCCUCCCUUUUUUCCUCUGGAUGCACUCUGAUGAUACCAUGGUUACCCCAUUGAGCUCUGUUUAAAUAAAUAUUGUCCUUUCAUGUAAAUUAUUCUGGAUGUAGAUUGAGCUUAUUAAAUGUUACACACAAAGUAUUCAUGCAUGGUGAAUCCAAAUUGUAUACUGUAAAUUUACAUGCGUUGUCUAGAAGUACCAUAGGGUUUUUAAACCUGGGCUGGCAUUGGUCACACCAGGCCUGCGAAGGCAGAAGUUGAAUGAAUUGAACUAGGGCACUAAACUGAAUAGUUGACAGUGUCAUUUUAUGUUGGAUUAGUAACUCCUGUUUUCCUUUCUGCUAUCUGUUGGUGCCUGACUUUUGAUGGCCUCAUUUGGGGAAAAGUGGUGGUUAUUAGGGCUUUUUCUGAAAUGUGUAUCUAUGUAACAUCACUUAAGUGUGCUUAAUAAAUCUUCUUUAAGGAUGUUAGAUAAUAAGGCUACAAUUCAAAAUCUUCUCUAAACCAUCUAUGUAAUUAAUGGGGAUUACACAUUGGAAUUUUUGUAAUGACUCAUUUGCCAAAUCAAUAGGAUACAUUUGUUUUUGGCAGCCUAGCAAGUCAAAGCUAGUGGUAUAUUUAUGUAAGAAAAUGACUGUAAAUCUCAAAUAAGAAAAAUUUCAGUAUCUAAUAUCAAGUCAUUUGUUUCAUUUGGGUCAUAAUGCUUUGUAAACAGGUUUAAAAAGAAAAAAACAACAACACUGUAAUACUCUAAGCUUUUCCACAUUAGACAUACUUCCCAUUGUACCUUCCGUGUUAUUAGACUGUAGAGUGAUAGAGCUCCAAGUAGAACUUAAUCUCCCCAUUUUGUGUGUCAUGGUACAAAUCACUGUUUGUUUUUGAUGUUUUUAGGGAUGUGCAAUGUGCAUUACACAACAGAGAAAUUGAAAAGGUUAUGUUUGCCCAUGUUUAGGGAGUGAAAGAAAUAGGUUUGUUUUUCAACAUGACUGAUAUCAAUCUGAACUGUUUAACUUACAAGUUUUUUAAAGUGCAGGGUGUAAUGGAACGUGCAUAAAAAUGUGCUAUGUUUUC